ACUUUCGUUCGGAAGACGGCAGUAUGCAGGCAUACACGUGGAUGGCAGCGAGAGUUUCUGCAUUCAGAGUCCUGACUCUAGUCUGUGUGUCAUCGCAGCGGGUUAAAGCACCCCUACCGGUGUUUACAGCCCACAACUUCUCUUUCUUCAGUCCAUGUACCUCUGUGCUCGCCAAGGUUUUAAUGUCAAGACGAGCUAACAGCAGGAGGAUGUCACAGUCCUUGGCGCAGCGGAUGGUCUGGGUAGAUCUGGAGAUGACAGGGCUGGAUAUAGAGAAGGACCAGAUUAUUGAGAUGGCUUGCAUCAUCACAGAUUCGGAUCUGAACAUCGUUGCAGAGGGGCCAAAUCUGAUAAUCAACCAACCAGACGAGCUGCUCGAUGGCAUGUCAGACUGGUGCAAAGAGCAUCAUGGGAAGUCAGGGUUGACUCAGGCUGUCAGGGACAGUCACAUCAGUCUCCAGCAGGCGGAGUAUGAAUUCCUGUCUUUCAUCCGACAGCACACACCACCCGGACAGUGUCCUCUCGCAGGGAACUCUGUUCACGCUGAUAAGAAGUUUCUGGAUAAGUACAUGCCACAGUUCAUGCGACAUCUGCACUAUCGUAUCAUAGACGUGAGCUCAAUUAAAGAGCUGUGCAGACGAUGGUAUCCAGAGGAGUACAGUGUCGCACCGAAGAAAAAGUCUUCGCACAGAGCGCUGGAAGACAUCCAGGAGAGCAUCAAAGAACUGAAGUUUUACAGAGUCAAUGUUUUUAAAGUGAAGGGGAAGAGAAAAAUAGUCCAAAAUGGUGAUAAGACAUCUGCGAACUAAUCUGCAAGCUGAUCUGAGUGGUUUUAGGAUCUUGUGCCGAAUUCUCACAUUUGGAUGAAAGCCUGUGCGAAUAUUUGAGAGAAUGAGCGUGAGAAGCUUCACGUUGACUUCACCAGUGUUUGUUUCCUGUUUUAUUUGUUGACUUUGCAAAUGGUUUAGUUUAAACAGAGAGAGAGUGAGAGAGAAGUCAAAAAAAAAAAACAAUUAUGCAAAUAACUCUGUUUUGAACAAAGUACCAUUUUAUCCCUUGUGUUUUCCACGUUAGAAAUAUGAUUUGUUGCUGGAUCAUGUCAGUGUGUAGUAAAGAAACAAAAGUGUGAUUGUGUUCUUCAGUCUGAGAGUGUUUUCAUUACACCCCUUGUAUGUUUUUGUGUGUGUGUGUGUGUGUUUGUUUUAAAUAAAAAUCAUUUGUUGCUGAAUUUGGA